GAGACAACAAGAGCAAAGAAUUCCGGUGUAUCUUUUGCAUACAAAUAUGGGUUUCCGGACACCAUGGCUGGAUCUAGGGGCAUAUCGUUGAGCCGCAGCCUUCUGUUUGGAUACGCGAACUCGGAUUCCGCUGCUUGAGUAAGCUCUGUUGAAUACGAUGGCCCAACCGACCGGCGUCGCCUCUAAAUCCGGCAUCCAACUCUUCACUACUGGAACCCCCAAUGGCUUCAAAGUCUCCAUCUUGCUCGAGGAGCUCAAAGAGGCCUACGGCAAAGAUUACAGUGUCAAGUCCAUCGAUAUCUUCGACAACGACAACAAGCCGCAGAAACAGCCCUGGUAUACGGCGCUCAACCCGAACGGCCGCAUCCCCACCAUCGUAGACCACGACCGCGGUGGCUUCGCCGUCUUCGAAACCACGGCCAUUCUGGCCUACCUCACGCGGCACUACGACCCCGACCACAAGUUCAGCUUCCCCGUUGACUCAGACGAUUACUCGGUCUGCGAGCAAUGGCUUGCCUGGAACCACGGCGGCUUGACCCCCAUGUAAUUCCUCCUCCUCGCUUUUCCUCCCCUUACCAACCCC